UUUUCAUAUCUUUCAUAAGAAAUUCAAGAUAUAAUUAUAUUAAUUAAUUUAUAAAUGAAUUAUAAACCAAAAAACUUCAACUAUAGAGUACACUAUGAAUAGACAAAACUAUUGCGUCAGAAACGAUAUGAGGAUCUUAGUGCUGAUUGUUGUGCCUCAACAUAGAGCCAUAACGAAGCAAGAGAUCAUCGAAUGUAUAAGUGCGAUCUUCGGUAUACCCAAGGAUCAUGUAAUAAAUCAAAUAAAUAAAGCUUUAAGAUGGGCAUUACAGACUAAAAAAAUUAAAAUACAUGAUAAAAAAUUUAUAAAGACUGUAUCUCUUGAUUUUUGGUCAAGUACAGAAAACCAAACCGAAAGUAAAAUUAUAUGUUGCCCUCAUUGUCAUCACAGGAUAGUUUUGAACCAAUUAUAUUGGAGCUCUCUUAUGAAAAUACGUUCUCCAAGAUUCAAUAUCAAACGAUUUUGUAAAAAUAUAUGCAAAUAUUGUAGAAGAAAACGUAGUGUCUCUUGAAAGGUCUAGAUCUUUGUAAUACUGGAGACUACUUGUAUUUCAGUCCAAAAAAAUAUAACACACAGAAAUCGAGAAGAAAGCAAAA